AUGGAGUCUGAUCACUCACAUGAACAUAAGCGAAGCUCAAUGCACCAAGCCUUUCACAGUCGCCCUGUGGAAAGACGACCGAGCAAGAAAUCCUCAUCUAGGGAUCGACAUGGCAUGAUCUAUCCUGAUAACUUUCGCGAAACAAGUAUACGGGCGGUAACCCCAGAUUCACAUUCUCCUCUUUCCGACGCGGAUUACCCGACCGGCAACAGCACGAGUGCCCCAUCCCCGCCAUCGAACAUGCGGUCACAUACGACCGAGCGAGGCGAGGAAGAGGCCCCUCCGGAGGUGAGAAACCAGCGUACACGGUCACGAACGACGACUCUCGAGGAACAACGGGGGGAUAUGGCGUCAAAUACUUUUAAGACUCGGGCGCGGAUUGGAUCGGUCAAUGCGAUCAGCUCGGCCCAAACCAGAAAGGUGGAUACUAAGACUACCGAGGAUACCGCAAGUUCAAUCGGAUUCCCUUCAAUACAUUCGCCUAACUAUAUUGGGCAGGCUGUCACCCGUCAACGAUUUAGCCGGUCCCAAUCCUCGGGGCUGACAACCACCGUCACCCACAACCAAGCUGCUUUUGCAUCGCCACUGUCCAAAACAGAUGCCGCCAAGAUUCUCCAAUUGAUGAAGACGACCUGCGGUCGUAUGCAUGGAAUUCUUUCGUUUCGGACCGCAGCUACGGAGUCGUCAUCCUCGAAUUCUUGGACAUCGGGUUAUUGUGCCAUCAACGUCGCUACGGGCAGCUUGAUCUAUCAAGCAAAGGGCGAGCCCGCUCUCGCGAAAACGCUCAUCCCCGAUCUUCGUGGGUGUCGGGUCCGCACAUUAUUUGAUGCGGAACUACAGACCACAUGCCUCAGUGUACAUACUUUUACCUCUGGACUCGGCAUUCAGCUUCGGCCUCACGUGAACGAAACCUUUGACUCCUGGCUCGCAGCCCUCCUUUGUUGGCAACCAAUCCGUCCCAAGGGGGUCCAAAACAAGAUGACCAAACCUCAAGCUGUCGUCAUCGGAGACCGUCGCAUCACUGAGCGUCGUCGAAACUCGGAAAAUGCUUCCCAAAAGGACGCCGCCAUUAUCAAGGUGGGAAAGAUGCUCUUGUGGGACAAGCCCUCGGCUUCUGGGGCUCGACCUGCGUCUGUGCGUCGGGUCUCUACCUAUCGACAAUCCAGAGCGUUGAACUCUUCCUGGCAGCGGGUAAGCUGCACACUGCAGGAGAAUGGAUUUUUCAAAUUGUAUACAGAAUCCGACGUCAGUCUCGUCGCCACGAUUCAAUUGUCUCAGCUAUCGCGAUGUGCAAUCCAGCAACUGGACUCAUCGGUACUCGACGAUGAAUUUUGUAUCGCCAUUUAUCCACAAUACACUGCACAUCCCGUUGCUGACCCUAGGAUGCGUCCUAUCUAUCUUGCUCUGGAAACUCGUGUCCUUUUCGAAGUCUGGUUUGUGCUGCUGCGUGCCUUCACCAUUCCUGAACUGUAUGGCCCCGAAUCUCACGACCGCGAACGGGAUCCCCUGGCUUCUGGCGCCAAAGCUCCCACUCAUGAUAUGUUCCGGAUUGAACGCAUACUUAAUCUCAGAGUGACCGAGGCGAAACUUUUUCGACCUAAAGAAGAGGAAACCCCUCGCAGUCGGAAAAUGUCCAGGUCCCACAACCACUCCGCCCCCGCAUCGCCCAAAGUCAGCGAUUAUUACACCGAAGUUCUGCUCGACGGUGAAAUUCGUGCAAAGACAGCAGUCAAACACCGCACCACAAAUCCGUUCUGGCGCGAAGAUUUCACUUUCAGCGAUGUACCGCCUGUUCUCUCCCAGGCCUCCAUCCUUGUUAAGACACUCAAUCCUACGCAAAGAGACUGGACCUUGAUUGCCCACGGGACAUACUCCGGUCAAGAUGUGACCGCCGCAAACAUGCUGGAUGAGAUUGAGAUUUCCACAAACGACGCUGUGUUUGGACGAGUAGAUCUGCGCCUCGAAGAGUUGGACCCUGGUGUUGACACGGAAAAAUGGUGGCCCAUCCUUGAUGACCACGAUCAGGCUGUGGGAGAAAUGUUCAUGAAAGUUCGCAUGGAGGAGACUGUUGUCUUGAUGUCGGACGAGUACAAGCCCAUGCAUGACCUCCUUCAUGCUUUCAACAAUGGCUUGACAAUCAACAUGGCACAAGUGAUGUCUUCUGAGCUGACUCAACUAUCCGAAAUGCUUUUGAACAUUUAUCAAGUCUCCGGAGCGACAGUAGACUGGAUCUCUGCACUCAUCGAAGACGAGAUUGAUGGCGUGCACAAGGAGUCAACGGCCAACCGGCUACGCUACACGACGAGGAUCCAUUCCAAUGAUUCUCGUGAAACUGCUCAGGAUCGAGAACUGCUUGUCAGGGACAUGGGUCGCACGGCCACCGUAGAAGCUAACCUUCUCUUUCGAGGGAACUCCUUGCUCACCAAAGCACUCGAUCUGCACAUGCGCCGACUUGGCAAAGAGUAUCUCGAAGAGACCAUCGGAGAGCGCAUUCGCGAGAUCGAUGAGAGUGACCCGGAGUGCGAGGUUGAUCCUGCUCGGGUGCCACGAUCAGAGGAUCUCGAUCGCAACUGGCGGAAUCUCAUUACUCUCACGACGGGCGUUUGGAAGUCGAUCGCGAUGUCCGUUCCUCGAUGUCCCGCUGAACUAAGGCGCAUUUUCCGCCACGUGCGAGCGUGCGCGGAGGAUCGUUAUGGCGACUUUCUUCGGUCCGUCACGUACAGCAGUGUAUCCGGUUUCUUGUUCCUGCGGUUCUUCUGCCCGGCAAUUUUGAACCCGAAGUUGUUCGGGCUACUGAAAGACCACCCUCGACAGCGGGCUCAGCGCACCUUGACGCUGAUUGCCAAGGCCCUGCAGGGACUUGCCAACAUGACCACGUUUGGCAACAAGGAGCCCUGGAUGGAACCAAUGAAUAAGUUCCUGGUUGGCAAUCGCGCUGACUUCAAGACAUUUGUGGAUCAAAUCUGCAACAUUUCCGCCGAGCGACCGGCUGCUCUAAUCACGCCAUCUUACACGACGCCUUUACAAAUUCUGGGCCGUUUACCAGCCACUUCUCGGGAAGGGUUUCCAAGCCUGCCGUUCCUGAUAGACAUCUCCCGAUGCUUUGCCAACUUGAUCAGGAUAUGGCUAGAGGUAGUUCCUGAACGGCUGUCUGAACUGGAAGAGGUCGACCCUCUUCUUGCAAGAUUCCAUCAAUUAGCGCUGCGACUGCAUGACCGCACCGAGGAGUGUCUCAAAGAAGCCGAGCAAGCGGAACGGCCCAGUGUGAACCUUGAAAUCAAGUGGGAGGAACUGGUUGACUCUAUGGAGCGAGCAGUCACCUUCUACGACGAGACUUCUAGCCAGACCACGGUUGCCUCAGAAACGCCUGUGACAAACAGCAUUGUCACCACCUCUUUAUCAUCGGCGUUGAACACGCCUGGCCAUCGCGGCUCAAUUGGGUUUUUCAGCCCUCGUCCCUCGAUGCCGCGCCGCUCAACCGACAAUGCACCCGAGCAAGAUGAAACGCCCCCGAGCUCGUCGUCGGCGAACUGGGAUCAGUCACGCGUUCCUUUCAACAUUCCUCGAUGGUCGGAUCCUCGGGAUAGCACUGGGAGUUCGAAAAAUUCAUCCACCUAUUCCCUCGAGUUCUCAGAGAACUCCAAAACUCGCCGAUCCAGUGUCACCAAGGAAUCUUCCAGCAAAUACCGGUUCUUUGACUUUGUGCCUGCUCCUUCGCGUCGUAAGAAGGAUCGAGAGCAGUCUCAGCAUCAUUCGCACGAGGACCUUCGAAAUGAGAUAUGA